AUGUCUCAUCUGGCCUACCAACCCCACACGUCCAUUCGACGUAGCCCGUCCUCUUCCUCUAACAUGCCACCCAUAGCAACACCUUCCACAACAGACGAUAGCACGCCCGAUCUUUCCACCCUAGGCGACCACGUAGAGCAAACAACCUUCGAACAAAUUCUAGAAAUGGAUGAUGACGAUGCGAGUCGUGAAUUCAGUAAAAGCAUAGUAUAUGGAUUCUUCGAUCAGGCCGAGACUACAUUUCGAGAAAUGGAGGACGCAAUUUCUGCAAAAGACAUUAAAGAAGUCACUCAACUAGGUCACUUCCUCAAAGGCUCGUCGGCAACGCUAGGACUUACGAAGGUGAAAGAGGCGUGUGAGAAAAUUCAACAUAUCGGCGCUUGCAUAGACGAUUCAGGAACUGUGGAGGAACCGGACCUGAAUUCUUCGCUGACAAGUAUUAAGAAGACGCUUGGUGAUGUGAAGCGUGAUUAUAAUGAUAUCGUGACGAGGUUUAAAAAGUUUUAUGGAGAGAAAGCUUGA